UGGGCCUGGCCUUUGGGACCAGAACAGGUGCACACGGGAUUCCCAUCAAAGCCUCCUCUCCAGACCUAGAAAAACAACUGCCCGGCGGAAUCCGGGAGGGGCGUGCCGGCCCCUCCCUGGGCGGAGGCGCAGCCAGGCCUAGAAAACAGCGUCAGGUCGGGCCCCCGGCAGGGGUUAGGUCAUGGCUGACGCGUUGAGGGAGCGCACGGCGCAGCUACUGACUGACUACCUGGAGUACUGCGCCCGGGAGCCCGGCAGCCCCGCGCGGACGCCGUCCACGCCCGAGGCCGCGGUGCUGCGCUACCUGGCCGCCCAGAUACGGCAGCGCCACCAGCGUUUCUUGUCGGCUUACCGCGGCUACCGCGGAAACCGCGUGGAACUGGUGGCGCGGUUGGAGCAGGAUUUACUCUCCAACCCCCAAACCCUCAGUUGGGGCCAUGUGGUAGCGCUCUUGACCUUCGCGGGGACGCUGCUGGAGAGACCGCCGCCGGGGACCUACUUGAACCUGACGCCGGACCAGCAACAGGAGCUGGAGUGGGAGACCAACGUUGGCCAGGACUGCCAGCACCUGGUGGCUUUGCUCUGCAAUCGGCUCACCGGACGGCAUCGCGCCUGGCUGGAGGCUCACGACGGCUGGGAUGGCUUUUGUCUCUUCUUCUCACCCAUGCUGCCAUCUUCUUGGAGAAGACUGCUGGUCCAGGCUCUUCUGUCAUGCUUUACAGUAAUGAUCUUAAUCUACUUCUGGAGAAGAUUAUUGUGAGUUCUAACAUUUUUAGCCCAUUUCUACCUGCCUAACUGUGACCAGCCAAUUGAAUUUGAGAUGUGAGAGAAUAGAACAGAGUAAACCAUGCUCUGAGACAUUUUCACCUGCAUUUAUCUGAGGAGUCCUGUGGUGAUGACUCAGAGUUUUAACUCCUGGCAAGUAUCAGAGCUAUUAGGACAAAGGUACAAAUGGCUCUUCUUUGGGGGAAAUGGAUUCUCAAGGCUCAUUGCUCUAAAGAAUUGUGGAAGAAACUACAAAUUUUGUUUAGUAGGGAACAUGGUGCUUUUUGCUACAUUUGUAUAAGAGUGAAUACGUGUCCACAAUUUCAUGUGCUUCUGCUGACUGAUUCAUCAAGGCAGUCUGUCAGGGGUGAAAUACCAAAAGCCCUCCAAGUCCCAGUUUGACAAGGAAUGUAAUAUUUAAAACUUUUAUAAGGAAUUCUUUCUAAAUCCUUUGAAACCUAAUUAUUAAUUCUACCUUUCUAAAUUUUAUAUAUUUUUCUGACUUCAAUAAAUUGUUAACUAUCUUUAGAUUUUUAAUAAAUUUAUAUAUCUUUU